AUGGACCCAGAUCAAGAUCUGAAUAAGACAGCAGAGGCAGAACCAUCGAGGAAAAGAAAAAGCAGAUGCUGCGAUGGAUUCAAGAUGUUCUUGGCAGCCCUCUCAUUCACCUUUAUUUCUAGGACACUGAGUGGAGCCAUUAUGAAAAGUUCCAUCACCCAAAUAGAAAGGAGAUUUGACAUAACGUCUUCUAUUGCUGGCUUAAUUGAUGGAAGCUUUGAAAUUGGAAACUUGUUUCUGAUUGUAUUUGUGAGUUACUUUGGAUCCAAACUACACAGACCAAAAAUAAUUGGAAUUGGUUCCUUCGUUAUGGGCAUUGGAAGUAUUUUGACCGCUUUACCACAUUUCUUCAUGGGAUAUUACAGGUAUUCUAAAGAAACCUAUAUUAAUCCAUCAGAGAAUUCAACAUCAAGCUUAUCAACCUGUUCAAUUAAUCAAAAUGUGUUACUCAAUAACACAUCACCUGAGAGAGAGGGAAAAGGUUGGGAAAAAGAAUCUGACUCAUAUAUGUGGGUAUUUGUCCUAAUGGGUAAUAUGCUUCGUGGAAUUGGAGAAAGCCCCAUACAACCCUUGGGGAUUUCUUAUCUGGAUGAUUUUGCUAAAGGAGAGACUUCUUUUUAUUUAGGUAGUUUGUUCGCAAUAGGAAUGAUUGGUUCAGUCCUUGCCUUUACAGUGGGAUCUCUGUUUUCUAAAAUGUACGUGGAUAUUGGAUAUGUAGAUCUGAGCAGUAUCAGAAUAACUCCUAACGACUCUCGUUGGGUUGGUGCUUGGUGGCUUAGUUUCCUCUUUGCUGGACUAUUAUCCAUUAUGUCUUCCAUACCAUUUUUUUUCCUGCCCAAAAGUCUGGAUAAACCACAGAAAGAAAGGAAAGUUUCAGUACCUUUGCAUGUGUUCAAAACAAAUGAGGAAAGGAAUCCAAUGACUCUUGCAAUAGACCAUGGGCAAAAGGCCACUGAAAAUAUAACUGGUUUUUGCCAGUCUUUAAAAACCAUCCUUACCAAUCCCUUAUACGUUUUAUUUUUGUUUUUGACAUUGAUACAAUCCAGUGCCUUUAUUGGUAUUAUUACUUAUGUCUUCAAAUACAUAGAACAGCAAUAUGGUCAGACAGCAUCUGCGACGAACAUUGUGCUAGGAUUCAUAACCAUACCAACUAUUGCAACUGGAAUGUUUGUGGGAGGAUAUAUCACUAAAAGAUUCAAAUUGUCCUUGCUUGGAAUUGCCAAAUAUUUACUUUCUAUUAAUAUAGUGACCUUCACCGUUUUCCUAUUAAAUUUUGCACUAAUCUGUGAAAGCAAGUCGGUUGCCGGACUAACCUUGACCUAUGAUGGAAAUAAUCCAGUGGCAUCUCACAUAAAUGUACCACUUUCUUAUUGCAACUCAGACUGCAAUUGUGAUGCAAGCCAGUGGGAACCAGUCUGUGGAGACAAUGGAAUAACUUACAUAUCACCCUGUCUAGCAGGAUGUAAAUCUUCAAGUGGCAGUAAAAGGUCUAUAGUGUUUCAUAACUGUAGUUGUGUGGAAGCAACUGGUUCCCAGAACAAAAGUAACUCAGUGAAUUUGGGUGCCUGCCCAAGAGAUGAGCAGUGUACAAAAAAAUUUUAUAUUUAUAUAGCAGUGCAAAUCAUACAUUCUUUUACCUCUUCAUUGGGAACAUCCUCAACUCUCAUGCUGGUUUUUAAAAAUGUUCAACCUGAACUGAAAUCACUUGCGGUGGGUUUCCAUACAUUCACUAUACGAACACUAGGAGGAAUUCUGGCUCCUAUAUAUUUUGGGGCUCUGAUUGAUAGAUCAUGUAUGAAGUGGUCCAUCAGCAGCUCUGGGAAGCAAGGUUCUUGUAGGAUAUAUAAUUCCACAUUUUAUGGAAAGACCUUCUUGGGCAUGAUUGAGAGCUUUAAAUUUACAACACUUAUUUUGUAUAUUGUAUUUAUUUAUGCUAUGAAAAAAGUAUAUCAAGGAAAAGAUACCAAGGCAUCAGAAAAUAGAAGAAAAUCUGUGAAUGAAGCCAACUUAGAAUUCUUAAAUAAUGAUGGUCGUUUUGUACCUUCUGCCAGAGCAGACGCUGAAACAUAUACUUAAGGGGAGAAAAUAAAGUCUUUUGUUGCUGGGUUUCCAACCAACAUUGUAUUAAUUCAAUAGGAUGUUAUUUUUGUGUAUUUUCUGGUCCUUUUACCCACUAUUCCCACACUCUUUACAUAGGAUGGGACAGUGAGUUACCUAUGAAUUUACAGUAAUGAAACAAACUAUAAGUGAAAAUGAAUGUGAGUAUUCAUUGUUAUGUGACUAUGCACUGGGGUUUAGAUUAG